UGCGAUUCUGCGACGAUGGUAGGAUUCAUCCGAUCAAUCUAGAAGCUAACCGUUGGACGGAAGCACGGUCAUAACGGCGCAGUGGUAGCUACGGGUGGGCUCAUUUGCCCCGGGGAUACUGGUAUAAAUGCAAGACGGGAAAACGUUGGUUUGUUUGUGUUUUUAGGAGGGGUCAAUUGGACACGAGAUCAAAUUGACAGUGUCUGCCACCAACAACAACAACACACACGGGAAGAAAAAAAAAAAAAAUCGAGCUAAAGUCCACUCACUCACGACUAGCGGCCCGCCCCCACGCACCCGCGGGCACCGGAAUUAGAGUCCGGAAUUAGGUCGACUUCCUCUUCAUUGUCGCUCGAGCUCUUCCUUGCGCAGCCUCGCACUUGUCAUCGCCAACUCAAUUCGAGUUUUUGGCGAAAUCUUUGGGCCAUUGCUCCACCAAACAAACUUGGCUCUGGGCCACCUAGGCCCUGCCUUGUGUUAUCCAUUGUACUGGGUCUAGGCGUGCAUUCCUUCAAUCCCAAAAGGCCAGCCACAAAACCAACGGGUCGUUCCCACAACCUGGGGAAAUUCGGCAGAUAGAUGCUUCGCCCACAUUACUAGACUGGUUCAACACCAUGUAAUGAGUGACGGGGGAGCAGUUCUGUACUGCCCAAAGCGCAUUGUGCAUCUUCGACCGUUUACCAGAACUGGAUGGAGACUUUGCACAAUGAGUCGGCCGCAACCGCCGGCCAAGGCGCAGCUGCUCUUGGGAUGGCGCCCUCGAGCAGCAGCUCAGUAUCAACGCUGCAAUCUGGAGAGUCUUCCACUCAGGCUCAAAUGAUGCCUGCGCGUCAUGAUUUUCCCAAGAGGACAAGGACCGAGUCUCUCGGUCUCAGGUAUCGCGAUGAACAGACCGGCGAGAUGGUCCACCGUUCGCUCAAAAAGAAGGACUGGGAAACGCACAAGGAUAUCAUCAUAAAUGAGUACAUAGUCCGGAAUCAAACCCUCAAUACUGUCAUCCAAACACUCAAGACCAAGCAUGGGUUCAGCGCAACGCCCAAGAUGUACAAAACCCGCCUGUCUCAGUGGGGCAUGCACAAGAACACAUCCAAGAAACCGAGGACGCCUGCGGAAACAAAGAGACCAAUAGAGCGCCUUGACCUUUCACCAUUGGAGGAGAAGCAACCAAACUCACCCCCGCAGUCUGCUUCCAAGUCUGUCUACGGGCCGAUCGUACCUUAUUUUCAGGAGACCAUGAGGUCGGGAGAUGUUGAGGCUUUCACAGCACAGCCCAAGAACGGAUCGCCUCCCAGGCAAACUAAUCCUUUCAGGCCGGGGAUUUCUAGCCCAUCCAACAUAUCUGCAGGGAAGAAAGGGGCUGUGCUCCAGGGGACAACCCCGACGACAACGAAUUCCGUACUGCCGCUGCACAUAUCGACCACUAGUGACGGUGAAACUGGACUCGCGAUAUACUCGCCAGCCGCCGAGACUCAGUAUUGGUAUUCACAGGCGCAGUCAGAGACUAUCACUUCACCUGGCGAGCACCAUCACACAUGGCCAGUUGCCACCGAGAGGACUGUCUCCAGUAGCACCGAUUACCCUGCCACACAAUUUUACCACAACACAGCACCAUUCAGUGUAGAAAAUGCCCAAGCAGCCAAUAAGCAGUACUUGACAUCGCAAAUGGUGACAUACGAUAGAUACGUCCGGGCUUACUCGCCAUCACCAAGCACACUCCACGUCUCGCAGCAAGGUUAUCAGCUGACGCGCGAUAUCAUCUACAACUGCGUCGAGAACACAUGCAGCGGUCAGAGUCGCAUCACCAUACUUGGUGACGGCUGGGAUAACUUGAACACUUUUCUUACGUCGGCGCGCAAGAUCCCCCGCCUGAUGAGUGCUGGCGAGUUGAAGAUGGCGGGCGAGAUUAUGCGGCAGACUUCGGCGCAGAUAGAGCCGCUGAUGCGAGGCAAGUAUGACGGAGGAGGCCAAUGGGGCCCCGGACCGGGCCCGGUGGCCAUGACGGGCAUGCUGAGGAUAUUUCGGCUGUUUUACAAGGAUCUGCCCGACUUCUUCAAGGUGGUCAUGGAGCAAGCCUACCGGCUGGCUGUGCUCUGGGUACCGUCGGAGCAUCACCCGACGCGCAGGAUCCUGGCUCACAUGAUCGAGAUCAGCGGGAAGCCCGAAGCCGACAGGUUGGCCAUUGCGGAAAUCGUAUCCGAAAGCUACAGCUGGCUGGCGACCAAGAUGUUGGAGCUCGUACCGUCGCGCGAGACUUCUUACCUGACGUGGCUGCUCCUCUUGAUGUACCCUGAGGGCUCGGACGAUUUCAUGGCUUACCAGCACGGCCAAGGCCUGCAGAAGAUGAUUGCCAUGUGGAGCAACCGGUUCGGCGACAGCCACCCCCGCACGCGCGACGCCGUCUCGAUCUACGAGAUCUUCCUCUUUCGAGAGUGCAAGGCCAUGAACCUCAAGCGCGUGGGCCCGGAGCAGCUCGCCGCAAACAUGGUGAGGCUGCUGGGCUUCCACAUGCCCGGUCCGGACGGAGGGGGCUGCGACGAAAGGGCGGCGCCGGUGGGCAGCAGUCGGCUGGACUUUGGCGACUCGGACGACGCAGACGAAGAACUGCACCGGGCCUCGUCGGUGGCGGAGCAGACCAUACUGGACGCCGUUCACGAGUGCGUCAAGCUGAGGGAUUUUCGGUCGGCGCUGGGAUACUACGAGCUCCUGGAGCAGUGGCACGCCUUUCGCCGCGACGCGGUGCGGGAGGCUCAGAUGGUGACGUGCAGGAGGCAGCUGGAGAUGGCCUGCGGCUGGAAUGCUCAGGGGUGUGACCAUGUACCACUAUCCGUAGGUGCGGGCUCGUAGAUUGCCCCAAGGCCGUAUCAGCAUUUUGGGCUUUAAUGUUUAGACUUUUUUUUUUUUUUUUACUUUUUUUCACUCAGGGAUUUUCCACAUGUAAGCGUG